CUUUCAUCAUCCCAAGAAGCUUCAGCUUGAUAUCAACAGCUGAGCGGCAACGCCAAAAGAAAAAUCACAAUAUAGUACUCUGUAGUAUAAGAAAGAAAAUGCUACUUUUCACUAAUAUUUGAGCUCUUACUAGCUAAACAGCCACCAUUACUGGUUUGAAAGAGCUCAAAAAACCAUAUUCACUUCACACUGCCACCUCCAUUAUUGAAACUUCAGUUCUUGAUUUGCUUAAAGUUUUGUUCUUCUCUUGUUUUUGUGUUGUGGGGGUGAGGAAAGACUUGAUUUUUUUGGUGUUUUUGUUGAAAAGAUUUAUACCCAUUUGAGGAAAAGGUGAAAUGGAAGGUGGGUCAAAUUCAAAAAUGAAAGAAAAAAUGGAUAGACAAAAGGGUCAAAAUCCAAAUAUUGAGCCUUUUGUACCAAAAAAAGGUCAUGAUCCUAGAGAGUUGAAAUCUUGGGCUAAAAGAACUGGUUUUGUGUCAACAACUUUUUCUAGUGAGACAGAAAGAGCUAAUAGUUUAAGUAGGAGGGAUUUUACUAGUGGGAGAGAUCUGAAUGUGAGAAAUGAUAAUGCUGGAUUUGAUUUAGAAAGAGGGGUGGUUAAUAAAACUGAAACUGUAUCUCCAAAGAUUGAGCUUGAUCCCAUUUUGGGAAGAGCUAGAAAUAGAGGGGUUGAAAUUGAGCCAGUUUUGGGUGAGGGUUUAGGAAAUGGAACAAGAAGAGGAGAGAAUCUUGGAAGGAGAAUUGAGAUGGAGCCUAUUUUGAGAGCUCAUAAUGAGGAGAGGAAAGAUGGUUUGAAUGAGAAUGGCUAUGGUAAUAGUAGUGCUAAUGGAGCUGUAAACGGGAAUGGACAUAUAGAACAGAGGAAGGAUGACGGCGAUGUGGAUGAAGAAGUGGUAUAUCCUGAUGGUGAGGAUCCUAGUUAUGGAGGGUGGCAUAAGUCUCCGCCGAUAAAAUGUGGACUAAGGGAUAAUCCGGGACUUGUGCUUCUUAUGUACUAUGGGUUGCAGCACUAUUUAUCAUUGGCUGGUUCGCUUAUUUUUAUCCCUCUGAUUAUUGUUCCCACAAUGGGUGGAAGUGAUAAAGAUACCGCCAAUGUGGUUUCCACGAUGCUGCUAGUUUCUGGCCUUACCACAAUACUGCACUCAUAUUUUGGCACCCGUCUCCCUUUGGUUCAAGGGAGUUCAUUUGUAUAUUUGGCGCCUGCAUUAGUUAUCAUGAAUUCCGAGGAGUACCGGAAUCUUGCUGAGCAUAAAUUUAGGUACAUAAUGAGGGAGUUACAAGGAGCUAUAAUUGUUGGAUCGAUUUUCCAGAGCUUCUUGGGUUACAGUGGCUUGAUGUCCCUUUUACUACGGUUCAUAAAUCCAGUCGUUGUCGCACCAACAGUAGCAGCAGUGGGUUUAGCAUUUUUUAGCUAUGGUUUUCCACAAGCUGGUAGUUGCGUAGAAAUCAGCCUUCCUCAGAUACUGCUGGUCCUUAUUUUUACCUUGUACCUACGAGGAGUAUCCGUUUUUGGUCACCGAGUGUUUCGUAUAUAUGCAGUCCCUUUUAGUGUUGUAAUCAUUUGGGCAUAUGCGUUUUUCCUGACGACUGGUGGUGCAUAUAACUUUAAGGGUUGUAGCGCUGACAUACCAGCUUCCAACAUCCUUAUUGAUGCUUGUCGAAAGCAUGCAGAUACAAUGAGGCACUGUAGGACUGAUGUCUCCAAUGCUAUGAGAACCGCUGCUUGGGUCAGGAUUCCUUACCCUUUCCAAUGGGGUAUACCUACCUUUCGGUUACGUACUUCAAUCAUUAUGGUCAUUGUGUCACUAGUUGCUUCCGUUGACUCGAUUGGAAGUUAUCACUCCGCAGCAAUACGAAUCAAUUUGAAACCUCCGACCCCGGGUAUAGUCAGCAGGGGGAUUGGUUUGGAAGGUUUCUGUAGUGUAUUGGCUGGACUUUGGGGAACGGGUACUGGGUCAACAACUUUGACCGAGAAUGUACACACUAUCAAUGCAACAAAGGUAGCAAGCCGAAGGGCUGUACAGCUUGGAGCAGCUUUCUUAAUCCUGUUCUCCUUCGUAGGUAAAAUUGGUGCUAUUCUUGCUUCUAUGCCACAAGCAUUGGCGGCUGCAGUACUAUGCUUCAUAUGGGCUCUUAUUGUAGCUCUGGGCCUAUCAACUUUGCAGUAUACCCAAAAUGCAAGUUCCCGAAACAUUAUAAUUGUUGGUGUAUCGUUGUUCUUUGGUUUGUCGAUCCCUGCUUAUUUUCAGCAGUAUGCACCAGAGACUGGCCUAAUUUUGCCUGGAUAUCUAAUUCCUUAUGCAGCAGCAUCCAAUGGACCAGUCCAUACCGGCAAUGCACAAUUCAAUUUUGCAAUGAACGCUCUUCUGUCGUUGAACAUGGUGGUUACGCUAUUGGUAGCAUUCGUACUAGACAACACGGUCCCUGGUAGCAGACAAGAACGAGGGGUAUACAUUUGGUCAAAGGCUGAAGACAUAAUGACAGAUCCUUCGUCCCUUUUAGACUACUCUUUACCAAGUAGAGUAGCAAGAUGUUUCCAUUGGGCUAAAUGUGUGGGCACAUAACAAGAUGCAACAAAACUUGCUCGCCGCGUGCCAAACUUCAGGGAAGAAACUUAUUGUGGUUCAAGCAUAGCUUAGAAAGAGUACAGCUAAAAUAGGUGAAAGGUACAUAUACAUAUUUUUACCAUCUUAUACACAACGAGGUUAGAGAUUUCACCAAAAUAUAGCAUUAUCUUUGUAAUUGUGAAAGAGCAUUGGGCAAUCCCACAUUCAACAGUUAAUCCAUUAUUAUACAGAAAUGUAAGUUGGUUUUUUGGUUUUGGUGAAUGGAAGCACUAUAUUGAAGUACUA